AUGGCUACUUAUGAGGAAUAUGGUUCAGAGGGAAAUGAAGGUUGUAUCCUGAGAGUUACUCUUCCUUCCUCCUUUAUUCCUGAUGACUACACGUUACCGGGAUACAAGCUUCAAAGACUGCCUGUCAUUUCAAGUGUAAUUUCACCUUCACACCCUCGAGCAAUCAUUCCGGAACUUCAAGUCAUUGCUUCGGAAAUUCAAGUACCUGACGAACAAAUUCAUUUCAGCCUCAAGACCUCAAAGGAACUAUCCGAGAAAAUGCUAUCUGAGGUACAGCAUUUUCAAGAAAUGAAAGAGAUUUUUGAUCAUCGAAAAGAAGAGGACGUCAAAUUUCACAAACCAGCUCUAAAAUCAUUAUUUAUAGAGCAAGAUCUUCGAAAGGAUCUGCCGCCCGUUUCACAGGAUCUGAGUUUUGUCCAAUCCAUCAUACCUAAAUAUAAUCAUCAAUCAGAAAUUCGAAAACUCAAAAAGACUAUCUCGCAAACGCAAUCCGAAGAUGGUAUUAGUUUUGCAUAUGCCCAUGCGAAGGAUGACUUUUAUCCUCGAAAGGUUAAUGGGUCAAGCGGGCGCCUCAAGUUAAUACCCGUAUUUCAGUUCCCAGAACGUGUUACCAAUAUGGGUGAGAUCACUUGGAAGGAGACAAGGAUGGUACUUUCUAAAGAUCUUUCACGGGAUAUGUUGAAUCAUUGUGCUCUACUAAUUGAUCAUAAUGAUUAUUUACUCAAUGAUUGGAGGAAUUUUGCAGACCUGCCAACCGAAGAUCAAAGUAUUGGAGUUACUGGAUUUGACUUGGUUAAGAAUCAUUUGCUUAAUGGAAGUGAAGGUUAUAAUGAAGGUCAAGGUGGACCACUCGCAUGGAUAAAUCAUGCGGAUAAUAAUGACUUGGCCAAGUUUCACCGUCCGGAAAAUCAUAGUCGUCAUAACUUCAGUGCAGUAAUCGCACUCGGAAAGAGACCAGACCGUUGUCCACCUAUCCCAAAAUUUCUCAGGCAAGAUUCUGGUUACUGCACCAUCGAAGCGCCCGAUAUUUUCGGUGAAUUAUCCUCAGAACCUUGUCUUCAGGCUAGGUCCAGCUCAGUUGAUAAAUCUAGUACGAUCGUAUAUGUUUCUCAUCUGAAUCAUUUGCCUUGGUGUGACGGGAAUAAAACCCCAGGAUUUCACUGUGACUGUCCUGGUCCUUCUCGAGAGGAAGGUCAGGAGUUACGGGAAAACGAGGAGGAGGACGAAGAAGCAUUCUGCAGAGAACGUAGAAAGGAGCUGGAUUUACCUGAACCUGGAUCUGAAGCGAAAUCGAAAUCAAAACCCGGCUUCAAAAAACAUUUUUCUAAACCUUCAUUCUCAAAUCCCACUUUGAAAUCGUUGACGGGGAAAUUUGGCAGACUUGGAAAGUCGAAAGAUGUGUCCGAUCACACCUCAAAUACUGCAAUGAUUGAAUGUAAUGUGUAG